AUGCUCGGACCUUGGCAAUGGAGCAUUUGGACGUUUGCGAGCGGCAACGAAGCUGCGGUAACGUCCGAGACCCGCACGGACGCUCCCACCGACGCCCCGACCGACGCUCCCGCCGAAGCAACGGAUGCGCCGACAACGGCUUCGACCGAAUCCGACGAGGUCACGGAUGCUCCCACAGAUGCCGAAACUGAUGCUCCUACGGACGCUGCCACGGACGCUCCCACGGACGCCCCGACUACCGCCGCGACCGAGUCGGACGAGGUCACUGAUGCUCCCACUGACGAAGUCACCGACGCUCCCACCGACGCCGAAACCGAUGCUCCCACGGACGCCCCGACUGACGCCCCGACCGAGCUGACGGCGAGCGCCAACGAAGACGCGGCGACGUCUGAGACGCGCACGGAGGAGCCGACUGAAGCCACCACCGACGCUCCCACGGACGCUCCCACCGACGCUCCCACCGAUGCGCCGACGACGGCUUCCACCGAGUCGGACGAGGUCACUGAUGCUCCCACGGAUGCCACCACGGACGCUCCUUCGGACGCUGCUACGGACGCUGCCACCGACGCCCCGACUACCGCCGCGACCGAGUCGGACGAGGUCACCGACGCUCCCACCGACGAAGUUACCGACGCUCCCACCGAUGCCGAAACCGAUGCUCCCACGGACGCCCCGACUGACGCCCCGACCGAGGUGACGGCGGCUGCGUCGAACUUUGUUUCGGUCCAAAACGCCGGCGCUGUGUCCACCAGCGUCGGUGUCGUGAACAUUGCUGCUGCUGCCGUCGCCUGCGCGGCUCUUGUCGUGGCGAUCGCGGCGGCGGUGCUUGCGACCAAGAAGAGCCGCGCGCCGGCGGUGGCCUCGGUCUUGCAGGACGAGGCUGUCGACGAGGUCACGGCUGUCAAGGCGCAGGACGACGAUGUGGCCGUCGAGGUGUUGGAGUGCUAA